UUUUCAUUUUCUGAGCAGCACCUGAAGACAGCCACGCUAUUAGUUUAUUUAGCAUUCCAAAAUGACGGAUCCAACUACGUCUCCAGAGGACCACUGGAAAACAGACGGGGCUUUUAGCGACAAUGGCUUUGACACCAGUUUCUUCACUGAUACUGCCAGAAAAGGUAGCAUUGUGUCCAGGGCAAACAGUAUCGGUUCUACAAGUGCCUCUUCAGUUCCAAAUACAGAUGAUGAAGACAGCGACUACAGGCAUGAGACGUCGUAUAAAGACUCAUAUAAAGACCGAAGGAGACAAGCACACACACAAGCUGAGCAGAAGCGUAGAGAUGCAAUCAAGAAAGGUUAUGAUGACCUUCAGGCAAUAGUUCCAACCUGCCAACAGCAGUCUGAGUUUGCUGUCGGAGCACAAAAGAUCAGCAAGGCUACUAUUCUUCAGAAAACAAUCGACUACAUCCACUUUCUUCAUAAAGAAAAGAAGAAGCAAGAGGAGGAAGUUUCUGUCCUAAGGAAAGAAGUGAUGGCUUUGAAGAUCAUGAAAACGAACUAUGAGCACAUAGUGAAGGCCCACCAGAACAACCCACAGCAGGGAGAGGACCAGGUCUCUGACCAGGUCAAGUUCAACAUCUUCCAGAACAUCAUGGACUCGCUAUUUGUGUCUUUCAAUAAUUCUAUUUCAAUGAGCAGCUUCCAAGAACUGUCUGCCUGUGUUUUUAGCUGGAUUGAGGAACACUGCAAGCCACAGAUGCUGCGAGAGUUUGUUGUUGGAGUGCUCCGGCAGCUCAAUGGUCAGCUUUAUUAGUUGUGGGGAAACCUCUGGCUAACUUCCAGAAAUUGACUUUUAACUUGCUCUUGCCUCCUAGGAUGGAAUUAAAACUUCAAUCUGCCACAAUCCUCACAUUGACUUCAGCUCAUCAGAGAUUCCUGGAUUGUUAUUAGAUUCCCUCGUCAGAUGCUAUGGGGAGAGAUGAAAGGUUGCCUUGGCUUGAGCAGUUAAAUAGGGUUGCCUUGUGACCUGUUUACUGUUAGAAAUUUACAUCUCUUUAGUGUAUUUUUUGCCCCACCUCAAACUUCUAAGCCACAUUUCACUAUUUUAAGUGAAAUGUGGUAUGCAAAGAACAUCUAGUUAUAAUUUAAAAAAAGAGCACAGAAAAUGGAACAUAUGAAUAAAAAGCUUCCUACAAAACGACGCAGGAAGUAGUGUCUUAUCAGGUCUUCUUCCCAAGGUUGCAUAGUUUCAUAAUCUAAAUGGUAACCCUAUAUAUAUAUAUUCACAACUAUGUAUGUGUUCACAACUAUGUAUGUGUGCCUACAAAUAGACGUUCAUAUCAAGUCAGUUAUUCAAUUCAGAGCAAAUCUGCUCAGCUUAGACACCAUGAGGAAAAAUCAUUUAUUUGACGUAAAUGAAGUGAUGGUGAUGUUUCUGCUGCAUCUUUAAAUUAAUAGAGUAAGAAAGCAGAACGGGCACAGCUUUUCUUCUGUCUCAUUAAUGUAGCUGGAUUCUGAACAAGAGCUUUUUGUGCUGCUGCACACAAACAAGUCACUCCUGAAAUUUGUUGGAUUGUUAUGAGUUUUUCAAGCUCUUCUGUUUUCAGGAGCAUGCCAUAUGGUGCCUCAGAAUUUCUAUCACUGAUGUUUGCUUUGAAUGGACUCUUUACUGUGAUGGAGCUCCCUGUUUAAAUAAGCAUAGCUUUAUAAUGGGGGCAAAGCAGAAAAACAUAUGUUGUGAAUGUUAACCCUCUGUGUCACAGCUCAGUGAACGAAUUUAAGUUGUUUAUUUACAGGAUAAUGUUAAACACCAAGUGUUGACUUUGAUAAGCCUUUUUUAACUCGAUAUGAAACAUCACUAGAAUAAGUUGUUGUAAUCCUGCUAUGAUAAAUGUUUAGAUCUGCUGUGUGAGCUUUUAUGAUCAGUAUGUUGAUUACCACUACAGUUUUUUUCCCCUCAUUUAUCAAUCAAAACACUUCUGUACUCAUGGGGGGAGUGGAGACUUAUUGAUAAUUUUCAGUCAUUGAAUUUAAACAAUUUUUUUGUGUUUUCAGGAACUUGAUUUCAAAGGUAAAUCACUAUUAACUUUUAGAUACCACUGAAGUCUAAUGCAUGUGCCAUAAAGCCACUUGCAAUUACCUCAAUGCUGUCAUUGAGCUUACGCUACUAAUUAAGAUCGUAUAGAAGUCCAUCCAUUCAGUCUGGUAUUAUUUUUGUAAACUCAGAAUUGGAAGUUUUAUAAGGCUUGUAUUUGACGACACGCGUGUCUAAACAUGCAGUGGACGUUGUUAACGUGUUGAUUUUAUUUUCCCUUUUAGGAGAAAAAAAGUGUAAGGUGGCAGGAGAAAAGAAACCGAGUCAACAAGAACCACUUUAAUCACAAUAAACUUAUUUACUUGUACUCUUAAAAAUGUGAUCAAGCAUUAGUUUGAUAUAUCACUAUCUUAAACAAAAAUAAACAUAUUUCAGCUGGUAAACAAACUGUUCACAACUCAACCUGAAUAUGUAGAACUUUUAACAUUCAUUUGUUGACAUUACUGUGAACUCAGGUAUGUUUUUGUGGUUAUAAAAUUGGAAAACAAACCGCUGUUGCCUCUGAGAUGAUGAGCAUCCCUCUAGAACGCCUCAACAUUUGUGAUUAAUUUAACUAAUACUGAUGUACAUAAAUGCUUUCAGCUAUAUUUUCUAUUUCAGAAUCUGUUAAAUUCAUAUUUAUUCAAAGAAUCUGUUAUAAAUAAAGUUUCUUCUUGGGAUUAGAUCGCUGUGAUCAGUUUUCUUAGCUAGUCUACCCAGGCUUGAUCUGAUUCAGUAGCUGUAUAGCUGUUUUAUUCAGGUGGUGGGAAGCACCACCUUACAGUCCUCAUCCGUCUCCACUCCCACCUCUUCCUGAAGAAAAAUAAAAGCACUGUCAGUUAAUUAA